AGUUAUUUCAAAAUGGCGGCCGAAUCAAUGGGUAACGAGAGAGAGAGCUUCACUUGAUUUUAUUCCUGAUCAGCCAGCAAGGAUGAGAAAAGGAAGCGAGUCUCCAAGGACUUUUAAAUUGAUUCACCAGACGCUGUGCAUAACGUCAAUAGACUUCAAACGGAAAUGUCUGUUUGGUUACGUAGAGCUGAGAAUCCUUCCUCUGACAAGUAAUCUAACAAGAGUAAAGCUGAAUUCAAAGCAAUGCAGGAUUAUGCGAGUCUGUGUCCGGGAUGAAAGGAGAUCAGGAGAACAUGACUGGUAUGAUGCUGGUUUUCAACUGGAUGAUCCAGGAAAAGUUGUCUGCACAGAUAACAAAAAGAGAAACCUGGAUAAUUUCUUGGCAUGCAUGCAGAGUUCUGUAAAUGCAGUGGAUCCUGAGACUAUUGGAGGGGAAUUAACUGUUAGAAUUCCAAAAGAAGUGUUGUCUUGUGCACAUGGUAAGAAUAAUGAUAUUAUUAUCUCCUGGUAGGACCCAGUAAUAUACCCCUGGGCUGGUGAACAGCACCUCUAGGACCCAGUAAUAUACCCCUGGGCUGGUGAACAGCACCUCUAGGACCCAGUAAUAUACCCCUGGGCUGGUGAACAGCACCUCUAGGACCCAGUAAUAUACCCCUGGGCUGGUGAACAGCACCUCUAGGACCCAGUAAUAUACCCCUGGGCUGGUGAACAGCACCUCUAGGACCCAGUAAUAUACCCCUGGGCUGGUGAACAGCACCUCUAGGACCCAGUAAUAUACCCCUGGGCUGGUGAACAGCACCUCUAGGACCCAGUAAUAUACCCCUGGGCUGGUGAACAGCACCUCUAGGACCCAGUAAUAUACCCCUGGGCUGGUGAACAGCACCUCUAGGACCCAGUAAUAUACCCCUGGGCUGGUGAACAGCACCUCUAGGACCCAGUAAUAUACCCCUGGGCUGGUGAACAGCACCUCUAGGACCCAGUAAUAUACCCCUGGGCUGGUGAACAGCACCUCUAGGACCCAGUAAUAUACCCCUGGGCUGGUGAACAGCACCUCUAGGACCCAGUAAUAUACCCCUGGGCUGGUGAACAGCACUGUAGGGUGAAGGGUUUUGCUGGAGGACACAGCACAGUGACUCAGCCAGGGCUUGAAUGCAGACCUCUUGAGCCAGUGAGCUAAC